AGAAAAGGAAGAAGCGAAAAAGAGUCGUCCCUUUUCCUUCAAAUCAUAUCUUCUCUCCUCUCUCUCUCUCUCCCUUCGCAAAAGAGCUUUACAAGAAAGGAAGCAGAAGCAGAUUCUCUCUCAAACAGCUGUGAGCCAACCAAUUGCAAAACCUUCCUUCCUACUGUCAUUGUUAAUUCUUUUUCGAUUACAAGGAAAAACAAAUCAAGAUUUGUAUAAAAUUAAGCUUUAUUUUCGAGAAACAGAGAGAAAUGGCAACGCCAUCAUUGAGACCUCCCAAUUUGGAUUCUUUCAGACUGUCUCACUUCUCCACAGCAAUUCCCAUUACAGCUAGCGCUAGUAGCUUCAGCCAUUUCGUUUCUCUCUCAUCCUCUUCGCUUGGGCAUGGAAGAUUUGGCUCUUCCUGUUACUGCUCUGUACGGAGAAAAAAGUUGCUUUUUGGAUAUGACGGAGCACAGCAGAGCAUAGAGGAAUUGGGAGACGGAGACAAGAAUGAGAUCCAGAUGUUAGGUUCGGAUGAAGAAGUCUCGACUCAGAUUCCAACUCAAGCCCAGUCUCUCGUUGAAGGGUCUGGAGCUGUUAUGGUGUCCGAAUAUAGACCCGCCCCUGAUGUAGACUACCUGCAGGAAUUACUGGCAAUUCAACAACAAGGCCCCAGAUCAAUUGGUUUCUUUGGCACACGAAACAUGGGGUUUAUGCACCAAGAACUCAUUGAGAUUCUCAGCUAUGCACUGGUCAUAACUAAAAACCAUAUCUUCACUUCAGGAGCUUCGGGGACUAAUGCUGCUGUCAUUAGAGGAGCUCUUCGAGCUGAAAAACCGGAGCUACUAACUGUGAUUCUUCCGCAGAGUUUGAAAAAGCAGCCUCCAGAGAGUCAGGAGUUACUUUCUAAAGUAAAGCACGUGAUAGAGAAGCCUUACAACGAUCAUCUUCCAUUGAUAGAGGCGAGCAGGCUGUGUAACAUGGACAUCAUCUCUCAAGUGCAGCAGGUAAUCUGUUUUGCCUUUCACGACAGUAGGUUGCUCAUGGAGACGUGUCAAGAGGCGAAGAACAUGCGGAAGAUUGUUACUCUGUUCUAUCUGGAUUGAUCGAGAGGCUCUGCCCGCCCGUGCAUUGUCGAUCCGAAACAUGAAAUCUUGUUUUUGGUUGUAGAGUAGAAUGCACAAAACAGAUACUUUUUUUUUUUUUUUUUGGUUUUGUUCUAUCCAGAUUAGAGGAAUUUGAAAUAUAUGUGGCCCCUCCAUUUGGGUGGAAUAUGAUGGAUUUCAUCAUCUUUUGACUAUAUAGCAAAUUGCACAAGUGUUUUAGGGCAUGUUUUUAAUGAAAACUGCAGCAAUUAUCUACAA